AUGGCGACAUUAAAAAUUUACAAGCGUCUCUUUUGGUCCAGGGAAGGAGCACGGAGUGGGACGCUUCAGCAGGAGCGGUGUACCGUCCCGGAGAUGGACUGAAGAUGUCCCGUCUGAGCGGGUCCUGGAUGGAGAGGUACAGCUUUGGAAUCACCUGAAGAGCGAGGGAAGAUGGAGGGACAACAACGGAGGGACACAAAGGGAAAUUGAAAAGGACACAUUUGGGCGUGUGUUUGUGUGUCUGGAGGGAUAUAAAUAUUACAGCCCCGGUGCAAACACACGCAUCCCUCUGGACUUGUUAACAUGGUGGUGUUUAAUGGAUAAAAAGCAACUCAUCCCAAGAUCAAAUGAGAUGUAUUCUAUCAGAAGCCUGUCGAUGACAGGUCACCAUCACCAGCGGGAUGAAGAUGGAUUGGAAGACAUGACCCAGUUAGAGGAGAUGCAUGAAGGAGAUGUUCUCCUGAACCUAAGAAAGAGAUUUCAUCGGGGGCUCAUUUAUACUUACAUAGGUAGUAUCCUGGUCUCUGUGAACCCUUAUAAGAUGUACAACAUCUACGGGACUGACUAUGUGCUGAUGUACAAAGGUCAUUCUUUCGGCGAGAACCCCCCUCAUCUGUUUGCCAUAGCAAACGCUGCCUAUUCUAAAAUGAUGGAUGCCAAACACAACCAAGUUAUUAUUAUCAGUGGGGAGAGUGGCUCAGGGAAAACUGAAGCCACUAAACUUGUCCUUCGCUUCCUGGUGGCAAUUCAACACAACAGCAAUGUUGCGCACCAGAUACUUGAGGCUGCUCCUCUGCUGGAGUCUUUUGGAAAUGCCAAAACUGUGCGGAACGAUAACUCCAGUCGCUUUGGGAAAUAUAUGGAAAUCUUUCUGGAACAGGGAGUGAUUUGUGGUGCCAUAACAUCUCAGUAUCUGCUGGAAAAGUCACGCGUCGUAUUCCAGGCCAAAGAUGAGAGGAACUAUCAUAUCUUCUAUGAAAUGCUGGCAGGUCUUCCCUCACAGCAGAAGCAGGCAUUCUAUCUCCAAGAGGCUGAGACCUACUAUUACCUGAACCAGGGAGGGGAUUGUGGAAUAGCAGGAAAGAAUGAUGCGGAAGACUUCCUGCGACUCCUGGGUGCUAUGGAGAUUCUCCGCUUCACUGCUGAUGACCAGUCCGCCAUUUUUAGGAUUUUGUCGUCCAUCCUGCACCUAGGGAACGUCUACUUCCAAAGAUAUGAGGGAGAUGCUCAGGAGGGGGCGUCUGUUGUGAGCGCUCAGGAGAUCAGGGUGGUGGCUGAGUUGCUGCAGAUCUCUCCAGAAGGGCUGCAGAAGUCCAUCACCUACAAGGUCACGGAGACAAUGCGAGAUAAGAUUUACACCCCACUGACUGUGGAGAGUGCAGUCGAUGCCAGAGACGCUGUUGCCAAGAUCCUGUACUCGCUGCUGUUCAACUGGCUGACAGAGAGAAUCAACGCUCAGGUGUAUCCUCACCAACACUCGCUCUCCAUCUCCAUCCUGGACAUCUAUGGCUUUGAGGAUCUGACAUUCAACAGCUUUGAGCAGCUUUGCAUCAACUACGCCAAUGAGUACCUGCAGUUCUUCUUCAACAAGAUCAUCUUCAGGGAGGAACAGGAGGAGUACAGCAGAGAGCAAAUUCCUUGGCAGGACAUCCCGUUCAGCGACAACCAGCUCUGCAUUGAACUGAUUGCUGCAAAGCCUCAUGGGAUAUUGCGGAUUCUGGACGACCAGAGCGGUUUCCCUCAGGCUACAGACCACACUUUCCUCCAGAAGUGCCACUAUCACCAUGGCGGCUGUCCCUUGUACUCCAAGCCCAAAAUGCCGCUGCCUGAGUUCACCAUCAAGCACUACGCAGGACGAGUCACCUACCAGGUUCACAAGUUCUUGGAUAAGAACUACGAUCAGGUCCGGCAGGAUGUUCUGGAACUGUUUAUUCACAGCAAAAACAAGAUGGUCUCAAAACUCUUCCGGGCUCAUGCUGAGGUCAUGGGUCAACAGAGAGGAGGUCACCUGAGAAAAAGCAGUACCGUCACGAGGCGAUACCAGGCUCCAACUGUCAGCAGCAAGUUCCAGACGUCGCUACUGGAGUUGGUGGAGAAAAUGGAUCGAUGUCACCCGUUUUUUGUGCGCUGCAUCAAACCGAAUCACCUGAAGCAAGCGGAGGUGUUUGAGGAUGAGCUGGUCAGCAAUCAGCUGAGGCACUCAGGCGUGCUCGAGACCAUCAGGAUCCGUAGAGAGGGAUAUCCGGUCCGGAUGCCGUUCCAUGUCUUCCUCUUCAGAUACAAAUCUCUGGUGGGGCUGCAAGAGAUCCCUGCUGCGAUUGGCGAGAACUGUGUGUUGAUGUUAAGGAAGCUGUGUCCUCUCACACCUGGAGCGUACCACAUCGGAGUGACCAAGCUGUUUCUGAAAGAAGACAUUUACCAGCUGUUGGAGUGCAAAAGGGAACAGUCCCGCCACCUCGCCGCUCUCACCCUGCAGCGCUAUACCCGCAUGUUCUUCGUCAGGAAACGCUUUGUGGCACUCCGCAACAAGAUCGUCCUCCUGCAGGCGCAGUGCAGAGGCUACUUAGCCAGGCAGCGCUAUAUGAAAAGGAGACGGGGUCUCGUCAGGUUCCGCUCCAUCGUCCACAUGUACGUCAGUCGCCGGCGAUAUGUAAAGAGAAAGUUUGAAGGCAGAAGACAGGUGGAGGAGGAGAAGAAAAGAAGAGAGAUGGAGUUAAACAAGCGUGAGGUGGUGAACGUCUCUCACCUGGUCAUCCCUGCGGAGCUGGGCUCCCUGCUGCAGAUGACUCGAGUCGGACAGGAGUUGCACUCAGAUUGCCUGGCUCUCCUUCAAACUCCUCACAUCCAGGAGUCCUUGUCUUAUCAACUCACUCUUCCUCUGGACAUCAACAACUACCCCUUUUUCCGCUAUGUGCAGAUCUACUUCCAGGAGCCGAAGUUGGGCAUGCUAACAGCUCCACUGGAAACCUCACUCACUCGCAUCGAGGAGGACCUGAGAGCAGAAGCGCUGGAGAUCUUCAAUAUGGUGUUGCGGUUCAUGGGGGACCCGUACCUGAAUGGGGCGCAGGAAAACAUGUUCGGGAAUUACAUCAUCCAGCGUGGGCUGAUGGCUCCGGGGUUGCGCGAUGAAAUCCUGGCUCAGGUGGUGAACCAGGUAUGGAGGAAUGUGAACGCGGACAACGCAGAGCGAGGCUGGCUGCUGCUGCUGGCGUGCGUCUGCUGCUUCGCUCCGUCAGCCAAGCUGGACAAAUACUUGCUCAAGUUUGUCUCCGACCACGCCCCUGCUGGUUGUCAGGUGCUACUGCAGCACAGACUCAUCCAGGCCAUUCAGAAGAUGCAGUUCAUCUCGGAGCCCAUGCCCGAGAGUGCACGCAUCUACCCGCUGUCUCUUCUGGAAUGGACGGCCAACAGGAAGAAAGCCAACAUGGUUCUGCAUGUCCACUGCUUCGAUGGAGGGUCUUUCAUGUGCCCGGUUCAUUCCUGGACCAGUGGAGAAGACCUUGCUGCAGACAUUCUGCACCAUAGGGGUGUGUCUGAGUGGUGGAGGGGGAGUUCCAUUCUGAUGAAGGAGCAAAGCCAGUGGGUGGAGUUAGCGGGACACGAUUAUGUGAUGGACCUGAUCGCAGAUCUAGAGCUUCCACCGGACUUUCCCAAACAGAAGAGCUACUUCAUCAUCAGCACAGAUAACCCUGCUAAAGUCAGGACCAACGCCAGUCUAACUUUGUUCGGCAGCGGCUUCGACUCAGAUGAGGAGCUGACUCCCGCCUUCCCCGUCAGCGGCAGCAGCAGACCGGCAUACAGUCUGCCUGACUCUGACGGAUACUACAGUCAUGAGUCAGAUGCCUUCAGCGAGGGUCAGACUCAGAGAGGCAUGGACCACUACCUGGACAGUCUGUUUGAGCCUGUGCUGUCGGACAGCAGCAUUGAAAUGGAACGAGCGCGGAGUUUGUCAGCGAGGAUGAAGGGUGGAGGAGGAAUUCACAGGGAUGAAGGCGGGACUGCAGGGACCCCCAGUCGUCCCUAUCCACCGGGAAUACACCCCGGAGCGGUCCCGGUGCUUCCGGUAGCAGGAGGAAUGAUGCCUCCCAUUCCUGCAAUGCCAAUCCCCUCCCACCACCAUCACCAUCAACAGCACCAGCAACAGGAGGAGCAGCCUCAAAGACAGUUCCACCAGUAUAACCGGCCCCAGGAUCCCUACAGCCAGCAGACGACCCCCACAACGCCUCAGUCAGCUAAUCUGUUGCCACCUAAAAGCAGCUCUGUUGUUCAGCCAGUGUUCUCCCCUCCUGCUGCUGCUUCUGAGAGAAGCACCGCUGGAACGUUCCCCGGAACCGCAGGUUUACCUGGUGUGCUGCCCCCCACCACAGCAUCUGUUCUUCCAGACUUACCUGUGCUCCCAGGAUCGGAGCAGACCGUCCUCAACCAACAGCAGCAGGCCAUCAUCAACCAGCAGGCCAUCAUUCUGGCCCAGCAGAUGACCAUGCAGGCCAUUGCAAUCCAGCAGCAGAUGUUGUCCUCCUUCCCCCCAGCUGCCCCGGCCCCCCAGUCGCCCCCCAUACAUCACACUGGCUCACGCGAACCAAGUCCAACCAGCGACAGACAGGAUUCACUGCACCAGUCUACGGCAGCUCACCACAACACAGGUCCCACAAGAGCGCCCCCUCCUGAAAGUGUUGUCCAGUCCACUGUGAGUAACACGGAGCGCCUAGAGCCCAGUCAUGACAUCAAAGACAUCAUCAAGCAGCACCAGCCCGCAGCAAUAACCCCCUCUGGAUCUGCCACUCCAAGAAGGGACGACGGGAAAGUGUUCCUGAAGAGGCCGGAUCCUCAUGAUGAAGCCAUGGAGAUCCUGAAAGAACAGAUGGCAAACCCACCACAACCAAUGCAGAGAAGAUCCACCAGGCAUAAAGAAGGGGGGCAGGCCAAGGUCAGCGGACCAUCCCAUCUCAGAGUUGGUGGUCCAGCUAGUGCCAACACAAGCCCCGCCCUUCCCCUAGUGUCUAGAGAGCUACCAGUGGAGGAGGAGAUCAUCCAAACUCAGCUGCACAGCAGGACCAGCCAGGAUUAUUACACCUACAACAACGUGCCUUGGAAGUUGUUCAUGAGAAAAGAGGUGUUUUAUCCAAAAGAAACCGUGAACAACCCACUGGUGCUGGAUCUGAUCUUCAGACAGGUUGUGCAUGACACUUACUCAGAGGCCUGCAUCCGCAUCACUCAAGAGGAGCGGCAGAAGAUGAAAGACCUGCUUGCCGAGAACAAGGUGGAACAAGGGUCUGUGACGCAUGAUGAGAAUGUGAAAAAGAGGGUGGUGGCCAUGGCCCGAGACUCAUGGGAGAUCUACUUUUCACGUCUCUUCCCAGCCUCGGGGAGUGUUGGAACCGGAGUCCAGGUUCUGUCCGUUUCUCACUUUGGCAUCAAGCUGCUGAAGAUGGUAAGAAGCAGCUCCAAUGCUCCCGACUACUUCAGAGUUCUGCGCCCAUACAGCUACUUGGACAUCCUUUUCGUGUCGAUUCCGUCCAAGAACAUGCUGGAGUUCAAUCUGGUCAAUGAGAAGCUGAUCCUGUUCUCGGCCAAGGCCCCGCAGGUCAAGAACAUGAUCGAUCACUUCCUCACAGAGCUCAAGAAGGACUCAGAGUACGUGGUGGCUGUGCGCAACUACAUCACUGAUGACAGAAGUCAUCUCAGCUUCCAUAAAGGCGACAUAGUUAAACUGCAGCACAUGGAUGGUUUGGAGGCUGGCAAGUGCUACGGCUGCAUUGUGAAGAAGAAAGUCAUGCUUCUGGAGGAAUUAAAAAGAGAAACUCCAGAGUUUGGUUGGCAGUUUGGUGCGGUUUGUGGAAAGUCAGCCGUGUUUCCCAGAGAAUACGUUCAGCCCACUGCGGCGCCAGAUUUCCUGAUUCUCCCUGCUGAGCGAGUGGAACCUCGAGACAGACACGGACGCGUCGCUGCGUCAGCUGCUGUCGCUGUGGCAAUGGGCUCCGUGGUCGCUGCCCAUGAGCUUGACAUCUCGACUGAGGUCGUAAAUGAGCUCUACGGAGAGGCUCUGAAUGGAGACCUGGAGGACCUGCCUCUGCAUGGCACUCAGUACCACAUGGUGGAGUUUGCUAAGAAAUACUUCAGAGAGGCAACACGGAACAAGAGUGAUCAGAAAACCAAGAAGGUUGACAGCAGAGAUCCAGGAGAAAUGGUGAAGUUCACCAAGACUCCUAUAAAGGAAUCUCUCAUUGAUUUCUCCGACAGUGGCAUGAAUCGAGUGUCUGCAGAUAUCUUCCUUGCAAUCAUGAAGUUCAUGGGUGACUUUGCCAUGAAAGGUCAGACAGAACAGGACCUUGUCACCAGCAUAUUGAAGUUGAGUGCCGAUCAUGGCCUGAUGAAGGAUGAAGCCUACUGCCAAGUCAUGAAACAGGUCACUGCCAACACCAGCUCUAAGCCGGAUAGCUACCAGCGAGGGUGGCGUCUCCUCUACAUCCUGACUGCCUUCCAUCGCUGCUCAGAAGUGAUGAAGCCGUUCGUGCUGAAGUUUCUUCAGGACGCCAGUGAAAGUCUCGGGGUGCAGUACCAAGGCAUCGCCAAGGCGUGUGAGCAGAACCUCAGGAGGACUUUCCAAUAUGGAGGACGUGUCCAGUUUCCCAACAGCAUGGAGCUGAAGGCCAUGUUGGCUGGUCGGAGCUCCAAGAGACAACUUUUCCUUCUGCCUGGAGGGAUGGAGAGACACCUGAAAAUCAAAACAUGUUCUGUGGCUCUUGAUGCUAUUGAAGAGCUGUGCUAUGAGAUGGGUCUUCAGAGGGCAGACGCGUUGGAUGAGUAUGCCAUCUUCCUGGUCACACACAAAGGUCAGAACGUUCGUCCACUGAACAAGCGAGAGUACAUCUUGGAUGUGGCCACAGAGGCGGAAACUGUUGACACCAGCUACAGCCUGUGGUUCCGGAGGGUCAUCUGGAGUCUGGCUCUCAAACUGGACAACGAGCUGUACGUCACCAUGCACUACAACCAGGUGCUGCCGGACUAUCUCAAGGCUCUGCUGACAGUUGUUCCUCAAGGAAAAGCCAGCGAACCGCAUCUCCAGCAGCUGGCUCGACUGGCGUCUCUUCAGCACCGUGCCAAAGACACGAUCUACCUGCCCACCAUUCGUGACUUGCAGGAGUGUGUCCCGCCGCAGUUCUACAGCAAACAAGGUCCACAACAGUGGCUGAACAUGGCGACACAACACAUGCAGCAGGUCCAGCCCCUGAACACGCACCAGGCUCGUGCCCAGUUCCUCGGUCUUGUCAGUGCCUUCCCCAUGUUCGGCUCCUCCUUCUUUUACAUCCAAAGCUCCAGUUCCGGCUCAGUCCAGGCUCCCUGCAUACUAGCAGUGAACCUCAACGGACUUCACUUCCUCAACAAGGACACACAUGAGGUCAUGGUGCGAUUCCCUUUGAAGGACGUCCAGUCCACUCGCACCCAGAGGCCAACGUCAGGCUCCAGUUACCCUUAUGUGGAGGUGAUGAUCGGAGAUUUGCUCAACCAACGCGUCACACAGCUUCAACUGGAGCAGGGGUUGGAGUUGUGCCGCGUCAUCGCUAUGCACAUGGAGAACAUGCUGUCAGUCAGAGAAAAGAGACUCACGCUGCCACCCAGCGAAAUCACCCUUCUGUAACACAGGCACGCCUGUCCAGCCUUUUUAUGCCGCUACCUCUCUUUAUUUAUCUAUUUGAAGGAAAUUAUUAUGUAGUUAUACGGAAUUAUAAUUACAUAAAUAAGUGCAGAUAUUUUUGCUGUUUCUUGUCCUCUUACUGAUAGGAGGUCCAUGUGUUUCUGCAUUAGAAAACACUCAUCAAUACUGAAGGAAAUUAUUUGUGGAAUUGCAUGACUUGUUAUCUAUUUUUUUUUAGAUAUAAUUUUUAUAGUGAACACCGACUCUGUAGGCUUGAAACUUUUGCACUAUUAUUACAGGAAGGGCAUGUAUUGUAUGUAAAAAAAAACUGCGUUGUCUCAUUCUUUAUUAA